AUGAACGCAGCAGUGGCCUACAGGGCAUCACUUUACGGCCUCGACCAACCGUUGGGGCUGUCAACAGGCGCUCGACGCAGGAACAACGGCGAUUUCGAGGGAACAUCGGAGUUGGCAAGACAACAAGAGCGAAUUGCAAGACGGCAAACUUUCAUCCCAGUCAACUGGGUCCAGUACAAGGAGUCCUGCGCCGAACAAGCCACCACAAAGCCGGAAUCCAUAUUCGAUGUCGUCUGGGAGCAAGAGCCUGAGGUACACAGCGUGAGGGAGCAGACCUGGCGCAUGUUCACCAUAUUCCCGUAUCGGGACGCCGUCUGGGUCGUCAAGAUUUUCUUGACUCUGGGUGGCGCGUUGAUGGCCAUCGCGGCCACUUUCGGCGUUGUGACUGCUCAGAUGCAGGUCAAGGGGCAGACGGCUUCGCCACGGACAGUGGGAUUUGACAUCGCCACUGCCACGAUACUCACUACCGACUUUGGCCUCAUUCUCCUGCUGAUAGGCGGCACGCUGGGUCUGAUCGCGAUUCUGAACGCCCACCGAGGCGCUAUGGAGCCCAUCGACAUAAAGAUCGGGGCACUUGAGCCACCGAAGUCAUACAAACCGGCUCUACUCGGAGCCAAAUCAUGGGUGUGGUUGCCAACCAAGGCCGACCUUACCGCUCUCUGGGCCAAAGUUCCUUUCCGGGCAGGCCUCGUCAACUGGGUCGGCCUCGUUGCCCUCAAUAUCGUUGUCGUCACCACCAUCCCAGGUCUGAUUGACCCAGCCGAUACGCAGGAAAUCCUCCUGGCCGUUCAGCUCCCGCUCUUCAUCGGCUUUGUACUACUGGUCGUGGCCAACUUUUCCCUGUUGAUGUGGCUGCAGGAAAGGUGGUACAAGCCCAACCUGCAGAAAGCCUCGUGGCUCAGUGCCUUCUUUUCCACAGUCGGCUCGGUCAGCCUCACGCUGUCGACGCUGUAUCAGUUUGCCGGAUCGGGCCUUUCAGGGGCUCUAGCUACGCUUGUUGGCCGCUGGGUUUUCUUUGUGGCCAUUAGUAUAGGGUUCUACGAUUUGAUGGCGUUUCAUCCUAAUUCUUGGGCCGGUUUUGCGAUUGGCCGUCGAUAA